CAGUCAAAUUCAAACUUCUUAUACCGUACAUGUCAACAGAAUACUAAAUUGAUAUAUUGUCUAUUUAUACAGCUCAUUUAUAUUUUAUAUGGAUGCGGGUGCUAUGAAAAUGUGUGUUCCGCAUGUCCCUGAAAGAGGACCUUAGUUCCAGCAAACUAGAAAGGCCAAACUUCCCGAUAUGGGCAGUCCACCUGGAUCCGCCUCAGCCUACGACCCCUUCUUUGACACCAGAAAAGCGUUAUACCGAGCAAAGGCACCGUCAGUACUUGGUUCUGCAAGCUGAGACCAAAAAGAAUUAAUGGUGUGUGGCAUGCUAGUGAAUAAUUGCCGAAUAAAGAUACCUGCAGCUGUUGGAAUUCAAGAGGUAAUGCUUCAGCCAUGUUGACUUUUUAGCAGAGAAGUCGUAACAAUGAUUGUAAUUAGUAGAUGUGAUUGGAGCCUGAACUUGAAGUAAUUUCGCCAGA